AUGUCUCAACCGGCGCUGCCUGUGGCGCCUCGGCACGCCUCGCUGCCAGCGGCCAGUCGCGGGCGCUGCUGCAGCGGCGGCGAUUUUUCCAGCGGUUCUCUCCGAGCGAGCCCCGCGCUUCCACAGCAGGACAGCCGCGCCGAAGGCCGUAGUGGCGGGACAGGCUUUCUGUCUCUCCUGUUUAAGCAGCUGUCGGCGCGGCUGGGCGCCUGCACCGAGGACUCACGGAGUCAGGACGCCCACACGGAGUUUCGCGUGUCUGCGGCUCCGCGUGGCGCCUUCGCGCCGGCUUCCACGUUCUUCAGAAGCCGAGACAGCCUGUGGUUGCCCACCGGCUGCGGGCGGGAGGAUACCGCGGCGACUCCCUCCUCCUCCUCGGCCGCCGCCGCAGAGCCUCCCUUGUCGGCGCCUCUCUGCGAAACGCUGCAGUUCUCGUUGUCGUGCGAACGCACGCCUCCUCGCCUCGAGGCAGGGCGCUCAGCUUCUCGAUCCCUCUCGAGUGCGUCGGUUUUUCCCUCUUGCAGCGGAGCAGCCAGCGGAGACUCGCCUCAGUCCAGCGGGCUGUCUCCCCCUCGAAGCCACAAGCCGUCGCUCCCCCCUGGCCUAAUUCGCACUGGAAACGCCGGGAUGCGCAGCCUACCUCCUGCAGGCUCGAAUUCUCCACUGAGCCCGUACCCCUCCCCCUACCUCGUUUCAAGCCCUGAGUUUUCUUUCCCGGAGGGAGCACGUCCCUGUUCAGAGGACACUGAAGAACUCUCCCCCCUGCGUGAGGAUGAACUGUCGAGACGCCUCCGCGUGCGCGACGCGUUUUCCGCGUCUGGUCGGGGAGCUUCUGCUUACCCUCCGCCCGCCCCCGCGCGGAAUUCCUGUGGUCAAAGACCGCUGCACACGCCGCCGUUCGCCGCGCGAGCGCCUCCCGCUGCGCCAUACCCCUACGGCGGCGCUUCCUCGUCGCCCAACGCUGCGGCUGCCUCUCUCGCGGCUCCACGAUUCACGCCAGCGCAAAGCGCGGCGCACACUCUCCGGCAGAACCUGCCGCCGCAGUCCGCCAGCACUCCAUCCUUUCCUCUGCUGGACGCAAGGCCUCCUCAGGCCGCGCCUGUCGUUUGCUCGCCGACGCAGACGACCCCCCCCCAAGGCGAGGCGCCCUCGGGCUCUCGCGCGCCGCUGUGGCCUGCGCGCGGCUCUGUCGGCGUUUCGCCUGCGAGCUCAGUUAACCCGCACCAGGGCGGGGGGUACGGCGCGCCGCAGCGCCCAGCGUUUCAAGUGUCGCCUGGCGAAUCCGUGUUCUCGCGCGCUGCAGCGGGCGCGUACGCCUUGCCCGGAGAUAGCUCGCAGGGCGGUCAGCAGGACGCGCAGACCGAGAGCGAGUCGCCUCCCUACAGCCCUUUCGUGGCGCGCUCCGCGCUGCGCAGUGUGGAGUUUGCGCUGGGCGACGACGCGUUUGAUCUUCGCGCCGCAGGGGACAGCCGGGCCUCUGCCCCCCCGGCCGAAGGUGCCCGGGGCGCGGGUUUGAGUCUUGCAAGGCGUGGCACAGGCGACAGGGAGGGCGGCAUUGCGCCAGGCGUCGUUCAGCUCGCACUCGACGUCUAUCAAGCCUGUCGCGCGCCUGCGGUGGACGACUUUGAGUUCUCGGUCGUGGGCGAUCCACUUUUCGACGAGCGGAGGCCCAAAGCGGAAGACCUCUCUGGAGGCACCCUGCGCCGGGCUCGGCGAAAGCUGGGCACGUGGAAACUUGCGUAG